UGUCUGCAGUCUCUGGUCAUCUCCUGUACUAUGUCCGCAGUCUCUGGUCAUCUCCUGUACUAUGUCCGCAGUCUCUGGUCAUCUCCUGUACUAUGUCUGCAGUCUCUGGUCAUCUCCUGUACUGUGUCCGCAGUCUCUGGUCAUCUCCUGUACUAUGUAUGCGGUCUCUGGUCAUUCUCUGGUCAUCUCCUGUACUAUGUCCGCAGUCUCUGGUCAUCUCCUGUACUAUGUCUGCAGUCUCUGGUCAUCUCCUGUACUAUGUCCGCAGUCUCUGGUCAUCUCCUGUACUAUGUCCACAGUCUCUGGUCAUCUCCUGUAAUACAUCCGCAGUCUCUGGUCAUCUCCUGUACUAUGUCCGCAGUCUCUGGUCAUCUCCUGUAAUACAUCUGCAGUCUCUGGUCAUCUCCUGUACUAUGUACGCAGUCACUGGUCAUGUCCUGUACUAUGUCUGCAGUCUCUGGUCAUCUCCUGCACUGUGUCCGCAGUCUCUGGUCAUUUCCUGUACUGUGUCCACAGUCUCUGGUCAUCUCUUGUAGUAUGUCUGCAGUCUCUGGUCAUCUCCUGUAGUAUGUCUGCAGUCUCUGGUCAUUCCCUGUACUAUGCCUGCAGUCUCUGGUCAUCUCCUG